AUGCAGCAGAACAUGUGGUGCCUGGGGCCGGACGAACAGGUGCUCCAGGCUCUUGUCCGGGCUCUUGUCGUGAGAAGACGAGGCCGCUGGGAGCAGAGGAGGCCAGGUGUCACCGUGGUCUCUGUGAGAGUCCGGAUCCAGACCGUAAACCUGAUCCAGGACUGCGGAGCGUUUAGCCAAGUGCCGGCCCAUAAAGUCAAGUGCAUGAACGGGGAGAGCACCCAGGUGCACACUGGGAAACACAGGCUACAGCCAAUCGUGUCGCUGCUUGCUCCGCGGUGCCAGCCAAAGAUUCUCAACACCUCCACCUUUGGGAGCGCGAUGAUGCACUCGAAGAUGAAGUCCUGA